UAUGAGACCAGAACCAGAUAUGAGACAUUCAUUCAACAAACUACCUAAUUUCCCUUUGAGGAUGAAUAAAGUAAUUCUCUCCCUCUCUGACCACAUGGUGGCGCUGCUGUGGUUUGAGUCCCCUCUACAUCAAAGACUGAACAGCCUUGGAGCUUCUGAGCUCUGGAAACUAAUGUUAAUAAACGUGACCAAUUAAGAAGAAUUUAGAGUCACAUGAACAAACUACAACAAUGGACCAUUAAUAAGAAAUGAGACGUAUAAUAAAGAAAUCUGGUUUUAUUGAUGGGAGUAAAUCUAUGUGAGGCCCAAGCUUUAGUUACUAUAAAAGUUUGGUUAAAGCCAACUAAAGUUGAAUGAGUAGAAAAUAACGGGAAUAAAAUAAAUGCUACAACAAUUCCAGAAAUGGCUGAAGUCUGGUUCAGCUCUGACGGGAUAAACGUGUCCAGAGUCGGAGCUGGAAGCAACAAGGAAAUAAACAUGGAAGAGAAAUACGCGAGAAUAGAAAUCAGAAGCGAAACCAAAACAGAACUGAAGGAAAACUGCCAAUGGGAAUGAGACGAGAAAUAAAGGUCAGUAUUACUACUACUACUGGAGCUGUUGUGAUCUUGUUUAAACCUUUUUUAUUUUCAUUUGUUUAGGUUCAAGUUCAAACAAAGUACGUUCAUAAAUACAUGGGCCUUUCUGUUUCUUUGAUGUGUUAGUGCUUUUAUUUUGUAGGUAUCAGGGAGCUGGGUUACACCAGGUGAGUUUAUGAAUGGACAGGUGAGUUCUGUUUUGUUCUUGUUUUUUAUCCAGGUUUUAGUCCGGAUAACGGACUUUUCCUCCUCAACCUCCACGUGAGUCAAAUCCCUGAAGGACUCACUUUGUUUUUUUGGUUUGUUUGUUUUAUUAUUUUGAGACAAUUAGCAGCUACACUGAGCGAGGAAAGAGGAGGACGUCAUCACAAGAGAGGAGAGACUUUUUAACACUAAAGUGACAUUAAAGGAACGUGUGUUCAUGUGUUCUCUCGCAUAUCUCUCAAAACAUUUUCCUCGAGAUUAAUAAAGGAUUUUCAUUCUGAUUUGGAUUUAUUUAUUGUCAUUUUUCCAUUCUUUGUAUUUUUUGGAUGGACUGUGUUACAUGUUCACCCGUCAACACAACGACCCACAGACGGACAUGAGCCCAGAUUACACUGAUUUAUUUGUUCUUCUUUGCACUAAAACAAAUGGAAAAGUUCUACCGGCCUUAGAUGAGUUCCUCCAGCCGGUUCUGGUUCUGGUUCUGGUUCUGCUCCAGGUUUCUUCCUGUUUCAGGGAGUUUUUUUCACCCAUGCUGCUCUGGAGGUUUCAGACCAGAUGCUAUAAAGAGUCUUGAGACUCUUUUUGUGUCGCUAUCAAGGCUGUAGAAAUAAUAAUGAUUAUAACUAUAAGAUGACUCCGGUGGGAUUUAAAAACAUCCCGGUCUCGGCCGGGAGGUGGCGCUAACGCACCAUGAGCCGUUCAUAAGGAAACCGCUAUUAACCAAGAAGAAGAAGAAGCAGGUCUCCAUGUUGCUAUGUUUCCUUUGAGUUCAGGUUUCCAGGUUUUGUUUAGAGUCCAGAUGAACCCGGACUUCGGAGCCUGAACCUCAGACUGACCCGCGGCUUCAUCUCCUCUCGGAUCCGACGAAGCUGCGCUGAUUCCCGGCGGGACCCGCGGAGAUGUACCGAGGCCGGCCUCCUCCGAGAGGAGGCUACCCGCCGAGGCCUUACCAGACCCCGGGGUUCAGGGACGACCGGAGCCGGCCCAGACCACCCUACCCCCCCGCCUACCACGACCAUGGCCCCCCGGAGUCCCACCGCCGCUCCCCGCCGCGCAGGCGGUACCCGUCCCCCGGGGAGUACUGGGCCGAGGCCCCGCAGAGGGAGAGGUCUCCGUCUCCUCGAGGACCAGUUCCCCUCAACCACAACCUGGUCAUCACCGUUGGCAACGAGCUGACGGGCCCCCCGGGCUCGGCCCCCCCACGCCACCAUGACAGAGACUACCCGCCUCGGCCUGAGUACGACCGGAGCCGGAGCCGCGGUCGGAGUCGACCUCGCAGCCGGAGCCGGGGGCGGAGUCCAGACCGGAGCCGGGGGCGGAGCAAGAGCCGUGGGCGGAGCAAGAGUCACGGGCGGAGCAAGAGCCGGGGGCGGAGCAAAAGCCGGGGGCGGAGCAAGAGCCGCCCCCGCAGCCGGUCCAGGUCCCGGUCCAGGGGGAGGAGUCGUGGGAGGAGCCGUGGGAGGAGCCGUGGGAGGAGCCGGAGCUCCAGCAGCUCCAGCUCCAGCAGCCGAAGCGGCGCCAGCGCCGACCAUCGCACUAAACCGUUCCAGGAGCUGGAGAAGGCGCGACGCAGGAAGGAGCUGGAGGAGAUGCUGAGGCAGCCGACCAAGUCCAUCCUCAAGAAACGCAACAACUCCGAGGACUCGCCCUCCGUCCGGAGUCUGGACUCCCCCCGGGGGCCCGAGGCCUCCACCAUGUCCCGGGUCACGGAGCAGCUCCUUCAGGCCGUCAAGUCCAUGGACUCUGGCGAGGUGGCGUCCAUCUUGGCAGAGCUGCAGUCCAACCCCCAGAUGGCUCAGCGCGCCGGCCUCGACGCUGAGAUCAGGGAGAUCCUGCAGCUGCUGGGGGGGGCGGGGGGGUCCGCGGCCCCCAAGGUCGUGGACGACAUCGACGAUGAGGAGAAGUUCCUGUACGGAGACUCGGAGGAACCCAAACCUCCUCCGGCCCCGGAGCCGCUCCGGCACCAGGACCUGGACCUGUACUCAGACCUGACGGAGGAGGCUCUGUACGGAGACUACCCGCCUCAAAAGGCCCCCGCCGCCCCCGCCACCCUGGCCUACAGCCACCCGCCGGGGGCCUCGGCCCACCCUCUGGGCCCCCCCAGCCAGACCAUGGUGGUCCAGGCAUCGCACCCGUCCUACCCCCCCGGGACGGGGCCGCUGGAGGACGGCGAGCGCCAGGCUCUGGAGGAGUACGAGAAGAUCCAGGACCUGCUGAAGACCAUCGGGCUGGACCUGGGCGUGGCCGAGAUCAGCAAGAUGGCCGCCAGGACCAAAGAGCGUCUCCAUGGUAACAAGCCCCCGCCAAAGACGCCCACGCGCCGCCGCCGGUUCUCGUCCGGCAGCUCAGACGCCAGUCGGCCAAGUCCAGGUCCCAGGAGGCGGAGCCACAGCUCCAGUAGCAGCAGCAGUGACGGGCGGGGGCGUAGAGGCCCAGGGCGAGGGGGGGGCGCCUGGGACAGCGAGGAGGACGAGGACCGCCACAGGACCUCGGCGCCCCCCAGGCCGCCGCCCGCUCGAGAUGUGAAGGAGGCCAAGGUGGAGCCGCCUACGCCUCCAACCGCUGACCCCCUGGUUCUCCCCCCUCCAGGGGUGCCCAUACCCACCUACCCCCCCCCGCAGGUCCACGGGAUCAUGACCCCCAACUACCCCCCACCGGGGUACAACCAGUAUGGGAACUACAUGCCCUACAUGCCCCAGCAGUGGCCCCCCAUGUACCCGCCCCCCAGCAUGAGUCUGCCCCCCCAGGCUGGAGCCAGCGACUUCCCCACGACUCUGCCCUACAAACCCCCCCCCUACAGCAAGGCAGCAGCCGAGCCAGCGGCCACAGGGGGCGUCAGGAGUUCUGGUCCUGAUGGAGACACAGGAGCCUCUAAAGCCAGCGGCCAUGACAGGAAAGUCUCAGAGGAGCUGAACAACGAGAGUCAGAAACAAAAGGUUCUGGAGGAGAGAGAGAAGCUGAAGGAGGAGCGAGAGAUGAGGAUGAAGAAGAAAGAAUAUCUGAUGAAGGAGCUGGAGAGACUCAGGAAGCAGCAGGGUGAACUCCUGAGGAAGAAGCGGCGCGAGAAGGACGGACACAAAGACCCUCUGCUGCAGGAGAUCAGCCGGCUGCAGGAGGAGGUCAUGACCCAGAUCUCCUCCCUCCGCAAGGAGCACGAGGCGGCCGAGAAGAAACGCAACGAGAUCGACAAGGUGGCGCUGAUCCUGGGCCUGAGCCCGGCCGACCGGCCAGCGAGGCCCUGCAAACCGCCACAGCCCCACGACGACCACAAGAAGAAACGGGAGGCGGAGCGGAGCCCGGGGAGGCCGGCGCCGAACACGACCAAGCCGACCUUAGCGCCGCUGUCGAGGGCGUCCCCAGACAAAAGGCCCGCCCCUGGCCCAGCUCUGGCUCCACCCCCAGAGCCGUUUGAAUACUAUGAUGCUGGAAACCACUGGUGUAAGAACUGCAACGUCACCAGUGGUUCCAUGUUUGAUUUUUUCACACACUUGCACAGCAAAACGCAUCGAAAGACUCUGGACCCGUAUAACCGGCCCUGGGCAUCCACACCGACCAAAAUCUCCAAAAACCUGACGUCAGAGGAGAAACUGACAAAACCCGCUAAAGGUUCAGAGUUUCUGCUUCCGGUCAGAGGGUUCUUCUGUCUGCUGUGUAGAGAGUUUUAUGGAGACGCCAUUUGUGCAGAAGAACAUGUCACCACACACUCUCACAAUGAGAAGUACAAGAAACAAAUGUACGAGAAUCCGCUGUAUGAACAGAGGAGGAACCUGGACCGUCAGGCUGGUCUGGCCUCGGAGACGAGUGGAAAGAAACGCAAACAUGAUGACGAGGAGAAAGACGUCGCUGACAAGGAGGAAAAGUUCAAACACAAAAAGGAGAAAAAGGACAAAGAGAAGAAGAGGGAGGACGACUCUGUUCAGCCCCAGGAGAAGCCUAAAAUUAAAAACGAAGAAGAGGAAGAUAAGAUGAAGAUGAGCAAGAAGGAGGACAAAUACCAUAACAGCAAAGAGGACGAGGACCGGGGCAAACACAGCAGCAGAGAUGAGGAUGACCGGUACCGGUACAGCAGAGACGACGAACACCGGUACCGUUACCGCAGGGACGAAGACUCCCGGUACGUUGACCGGCCCAGAUCUAAAUACUCCGACGCCAGAGCCAAAUAUGAACGGGACCGGGAAGAAGGGAAACCGAAAGCUGACAAUAAGGCGGCUCUGAAAACGUCUGAAAAACCAGCUGGGAAAUUGGAGGAAGUCAAACUGGAACCGCCACCAAAGCCCUACGACCCGCCCAAGGUCCUCUGUGGUCCCAGUCCAGCCAUGAGGGCCAAGCUUCGCAAGCAGAGCCAGGAAGCCUCCAAGCCAACAACUGUCACCACAACCCCCUCCUUCGGAAAGUUCACGUGGAAGAAGAAGGAGAACGUCCUGGCAAAGGAGGCGCAGAAAGUCGCUGCCCAGUUCAUCAAGGAGGACGAAGAAGCGGUGAAAGAUCAGGGCGUCUCGGUGGAGGAUUCGUUUGCCAAGUCCAUGGCUGUUGCCAAAGAGAUCGCCCAGAAACUGUCGGGACAGAAGGCCACGCCUCCCCACUGGACGUCCAACGGCGCCAACCGGGGACGCAUCCGGCCCAACCUCCCGGCUCCUGCUGCAGUUCUCAGGUCGACACCGGUCGUGGCUAAACCUACACCUUUAAAUACUUUUCUCUCUAUGAGACCCCAAAACUCUCAUUUACAAGGACCCCCUCCCAGAGUAGGUCCACCAGUGCCCGACCGCCCCACUAAGAAUCUAAAUCCUCAGAAUCCACAGCUAGAAACGACGCUCUUACCACCCCCUGGACAACCAGAACCAGUUGAGACAAAACCUGCACUGUCAGGAGUCAACCCUGCCCCUCCAGUUUUUAAACCUCCCCCAGUUGUUUCUGUACCUCCUCCCCCAGUUGUUUCUGUACCUCCUCCCCCAGUUAUGUCUAUGCCUCCUCUCCCAGUCAUGUCUAUGCCUCCUCCCCCAGUCAUGUCUGUACCUCCUCCCCCAAUCAUGUCUAUGCCUCCUCCCCCAGUCGGGUCCAGACCACCUACCCCAGCAGACCUCAAACCUUUGCCAUCUCAGACGGAACCUCCUGCUUCACCCAAGGCUCUGCUGGUCCAGUCCACGGUGGUAAAGAUUGUGUCUGACGUGGCGGCUCCUGGGGUCCCAGAGAGCGAGCAGACUCAAACAGUGUUCGUCAAACCUCCACCUUUCAUGAACAAGGGUGACGGAGCCCAGAAGUCUGAAAAACUUAAGAGCAGCCUGGCUGCAGCCAAAGCCCAGGACUUGUUUGGCAUCUUCUACAGCAGCACCGGCCACUCAGGCCCAUCAUCCUUCACCAAACUGGCAACAGACCCCAAAACUGACAAGAGUAGCACUAGGAAAAGUCCACUUCCUGUCCCACAAGCACCAGAACCUGAGCCUCUUAGAACCCAGACACACCCUCCGGCUGAGGCCCAUUCAUCUCCACCACCAGCCUCCAACGAUUCCCCUCCGAGUCUACAGACAGAUUCCGACAUCCAGAUAGCGUCGGUGUGGUCCCUGCAGCCUUCAGCAGCCCCAGGGUCUGAGGUGGCACCACCCAAAACAAUUACCCCACCAAACAUGAUCCUGCCAGUCCUGUCUGAGUCUCAGAGUGUGCCCCUAAACCAGUUUACCACUGAAUUUGGAUCCCAAGCUGCCCCACAAUCCAAGUCUGCUGAACCACCAUCUCAAAUAAAGUCUCAGUCCGAACUGGUUCCUCAAAUCCAGUCUGAGCCACAACCUGAAUCCCAACUGGAGAACAACACCCAGGUCCAACCAGAGACCCAUCCCGAUACGGCUGCGGAACCUGAAACCAAACCAAGCCCCAAAGCUAGAGGCAAGACAACACAGUCAAAGAAGAGCCCCCCUGCUCCCCGUCUUGCCAGACAAACCCGAUCCCAAACCCGGUACCAGACCCGGCGGCAGCAGCAGCAGCAAACCCAGUCUGAAUCAGAACCUCAGUCGGCUUCAGGGGAUUCAGAGCCACAGGGGUUGGACACGUUGGAUGCAGACUCUGGAUCGCUGCUGGAGGCUGGAGCAACCAGUGAGGAGGAUCCCAUGGAGAUCACCCCGGAAACCCUGGGCCUGCCCUCGGACAUGACGUCCCUGGACUUUGAAUACGACUUCAGCUUCGAGUAGCAGCUGACUGGACCGAGACCAUCGAGUCUUCAGUGGACUUGAGACACGCUGACCUUCAGCUGUUUGAUAACGUUUAGAUUAAUCCUUUAGUUCUCAUUAGUUUCUGUUGGUUUUAGAUCUGCCUAGAAAACCCUCAGCCUCACCACAUCGUCCUCUCGUCUGGAACAUGUCAAAUAAAAUCACAAUGAUCGGAUCUUUUCGGGGGUGAAGGAACCUUUUAGUUCAUGGGAAAGUUCCUGGACAUUGUUCCUUAAGAACCUUAAAAUUCUGCAGAUGUUUGGUGGAAACUGUAAAAGAGGAUGUAACUUUGUUGUGAUUGAUCAAUCUGGUCGUCGUCUUCUUUUAUUGUUGUUAUAGUUGGGAACUUUCCCAGGAACUGAAUUCUCUGUGUUCCUACAGACCUCCACAGGUUCCUGCUGGACACGUCUCGGUAUAAAACCUGAAUGAAGUUUGAGCUCAUUUACCAGAAACCAAAUAAAUGUGUUUGUAGCUGGAAAAACAUUAAGAUUUGAAUCCAGCCUGUUUCCCCUGGGACUCCAGGCCCGGUUCCUCGGGAGGUUCCUGGUCUUUAGGGGAAGUUCCUGGAGUGAAGGGGAACAGGUCUGGGUUGUAAGAUCAUGUCAGAAGAGAACGGUUCAAACGUGGACAAUAAAUAAAGAAAACUGAAGAUAGGAAAGAGAUUUUAUUUAAGGGUGACGAUGAGGAGGAGGCAGAUCUGUGUUCAUGGACGUUUUAUUCGUGAUGAACUCAUUGUUCUUCUGGUUCCGGCUUAUCAUUAAAUGGCUGAUUCAGGUUUUUGUCCCUUGUUCUGUAAAUAAGUUUUCUUUAAUAAAAGGUGGUGAGAAAAUCCA